UUUUGGUUCAUUACUCCGAAGUUUUCGCAUCCACAAAUCAAACAAUCAGUUAAUGUGUCGAAAUUUGGCUGGUCGUCGUCUUGCUGAUGUUAGAGAAGAAGAACGUCUCAAAAAAUAUAUUGAAAAGAAAGAACAGCGUGAAAAGGAGAAGAAAAAGAAAGAGGAGGAAAAAAUUGACAAAUUAAAGAAUGGAGCAAAAACCAAACAUGAAUUUACUGAUCAGGAAUAUUUGAGAAAGAGGGACACAGUGCUUGAUGUGGUUGAGGAUGCAGUUGAGGCAGGUGUUUUGGCACUUAAAGAAAAACAAAAAGCUGUUGUAGUUGAAAGCAAUGAUGUUACUACACAAGUAGAAGAAUUUAAUGGACCUUCAACAUCUUCAAAUAUACAAGAAGCAUCUACAUCCUCAAAUGUUAAUAAUGAACAAAAUUCUGAUUCAGAUGAAAGUUUGGAUGAUUUGAUGAGUUGUGGUCCAUUAAAAAAGAAGAAAAUGACUUCUGUUGAUGAAAUUACUUCUGAACUUGAUGCACAAAUUCCUCUGGCUUUGCGUGCGCUUCAAGAAUAUGAUGGGCAUAAACAGGAGAAGAAACUGCCUCUGUUCCCCGAUACGAAAAUGAUGGUUUAUUUGACUGUUAAAUAUAAGCGACCGUUCUUUAAAAAGAGUGGGAAUCAAUGCGUUUUUGUUACGCAGCCUUAUCCAGACAGAAAUCCUUCAAAUUCUUCUGUUUGUCUAAUUCUGCCAGAUCUUGAUCGUUCCAAAAAGGCACAAACAGAUCCUGAUGUUGAUAAACAAGCGAGAGAAUGGGAGGAACGUUUACGUGAAAAUUAUGGACUUAUUUCUGGAGUUAAUUAUACAAAGGUUUCUUUAGACUUUAUGUUAGAAAAUUCGGUUUUUGAUUGAAGUUCGUUUUUAAAAGGGAUGUGAGGUCAGCGAACCUCGUUUUUCGGAUACCUUUUGUAACUGAUUAAAUCAACCUUAUAACUAGAGCUACCUUAAAUUGGGAUCAUCGCUUGGGGGAGAUACUCUUCUUUUCAUGGAUGGGAUCUCUUCCUCCUACUUUCCUUUUAGAACUUUCAUUUUUUAUUUUCUUAAAUUUUUCCUCAUUUUGCUUUUAAAAAUGCGGAGGGGCCCUUCCCAGCCUUCCCUUACCCCUUCUUCCCUUCUUUCCACUUCCCUUCUAAGCCUUCCCUUCCCCCUUCUUCCAUCCUCUUCCCUUCUUCCACUUCCCUCCUCUUCCACUUCCUUUCCUUCCCUCUCCCUUCCCUUCCUUCCCUCUUCCCUUCCCAGCCUUCCAGCCCUUCCCAGCUCUUUAUCUAUUGCCUGGCUAAUUAUAAUAUUUCA